AUGAGACCCAUCCUCGAUCUGUCAGUUUUCAACAAGGUCAUAAUGAAAAGGCCUUUUCACAUGCUGACGAUCAGACAGGUGCUGGAGUGUGUUCACCAGGGAGACUGGUUCACAUCGAUAGACCUGAAGGAUGCAUACCUCCACGUAGCCAUCAUCCCAAAACACAGGAAAUACCUGCGUUUCUCAUUCCAGGGAAUAUCGUACCAGUACAACCGUCUGCUGUUCGGAUAUUCUCUGGCUCCUCGCACUUUUUCGAAGUGUGUAGAGACGGCGCUGCAGCCGCUACACAGAGGAGGGAUGAGAGUGCUGUUUUACCUGGACGACCUGCUAUUGCUGGCUCACUCCAGAGAGGAAGUUACUUUACAGACGGUACAGCUCGUAUCACAUCUGUCAAAGCUGGGUUUCAUAAUAAACUGGAAGAAGAGCUGCCCUCUUCCCUCCCAGAGUAUUAUUUACCUGGGUGUGGAAUUGAACUCAGCCCGCAUGAGAGCGCGACUCUCACAGCAGAGAGUGGAGGCACUGACAGCUCUUCUCCGACGCGUCACACCUCGCAGCGUGGUGACAGCCCUCUCCGUGAUGCAGCUGCUUGGCAUGAUGGCAGCUGGUCACGUGAGAGUAAUCCAGUAUUUUGCCCCGUUGCUGCGGAAUCAGCAUGUGUUGAUUCGCACAGACAACAAAGCCGCGGCAGCCUACAUCAAUCGCCAGGGCGGAGUACGCUCAGCGCAGCUUUUGAACACAGCCAGGCCGCUGUUGAUCUGGGCGCGCGCACACUUGCUCUCCAUCAGAGCAAUGUAUGUUCCCGGCGAACUGAACAAUGGGGCAGACCUCAUGUCCAGAGGAGGUCCUCGCCAGGGGGACUGGAGCCUCCAUCCCGAGCUGGUCUCCCAGCGCAGGACCCCCCCCCCCCCCCCUGGGGGUGGACGCGUUCGCACAUCGACCAUGGCCCAGGGGACUGUUGUACGCUUUCCCACCAGUCCCGCUGAUUCCUCGGUUCCUGGACCGAGUGCAGGAGGAGCGACUGUCAGUGAUCCUAAUUGCCCCGGAGCGCACGGGCGCUUCCUGGUUUCCAUGCCUACAGCGUACGCUGUCAGGCAGACCGUGGGAAAUUCCGUGGCGCGGGGACGCUCUCUCGCAGGUGGAGGGAGCGAUCAACAGUCACCCUGUGAUAGGCCAGCACUUAUGGGCAUGGCCCCUGAACGGGAACACUUAGAGGGGCUGGGCCUCUCUCAAGAUGUUGUACGGACCAUUCAGGGAGCCAGGGCCGCGUCUACCAGAGCGUCCUACACAGCCAAGUGGACAGCUUUCCAGCGUUGGUGUGUAGAAAAAAGCCUGGACCCCAUUACGUGCCCCCUGCCUCACGUGCUGUCAUUCCUCCAGCUGUUGUUGGACAGGAAUUUGGCUUUCAACACAAUCAAGGUCUAUGCUGCUGCCAUAUCAUCUUGUCAUGUGGGUUUCGGGGUCGGGACGGUGUUUAGUCACCCCCUGACGAAACGUUUUCUGCGAGGAGUACGGAGACUCAGACCUGUGUCACGCGCACUAGCGCCUCAGUGGGAUUUGGCUUUGGUGUUACGCGCACUAAGCAAAGCCCCAUUUGAACCUUUAGAUCAGGUUCCCCUUAAGAUGUUAUCAGCCAAAGUAGUACUACUUUUGGCUCUAACAUCAGCAAAAAGGGUGAGUGAUUUGUCUGCUCUCUCUGUGGCUCCGUCAUGCCUCCGGAUCCAAGGAGAUGGCAGUUCAGCUGUUUUACGCCCUAACCCGGCUUUUAUGCCAAAGGUCAUCACAAGCUCUUUUAGGUCAAGAGUGAUCACCCUGGAUGGCUUCUUUCCCCCUCCUCACAGGUCGGAGGAAGAAGCCACGUCUCAUCUCCUCUGUCCUGUGCGCGCGCUGUCCUUACACUGGCUGUGUGAGGCUGUGUCACAGGCAUAUGUCUCCUCUGGGGUGGAUCCCCCGGAGAACAUCAAUGCGCACUCCACCAGAGGAAUUUCCUCCUCCACGGCUUUGCACGGAGGAAUGUCAGUGGAAGACAUUUGCACUGCUGCAUCUUGGUCUUCUCCCUGUUCAUUUAAUCAAUUUUAUUUGAGGGAUGUCUCCCAUUCCUCUCUGACACACCCUCUUUUUUACCUGUGCUUACCUUAG